UGGUGGACAAAUGUUAUUGAUGUACAAAUUUCCUUUAUCUCUUUCAUUUUUUACACAACCAGUGGAUUUUGAAAGAUGAACCGCUCAGAUAUUAAAAAGAAAGUCAAUGUAAAACAACAAUUUGGCAGCAACAUGACUCGUACAAGCAGCCAUGGAAUAAGUUUUAGCAGUAGAGUUGGUCACAAAGGCAUGGGGGGAUCUCACAGUAAAAUGAUGGCAGCUUCUGGCAGCAAGUGGAAUGUUAAUGAGAAGAUGAAUCGUAAACCACCUGUUCAGGUAAUUGAUGACAUGGGCAAUGAUGUCACCCCAAGAAGUCUUUUGACGCUGGAUGCAAAUGCUGUGAAACGUGUGAAUAGUAACAAUGGAAUAUUUGGUAGUGAAUCAUUGGCCACUCCAUCGGACCUGGGUCAGUCAAUAUAUGCUGCUAGUAAUGCCAGUUUUCUUGGUGGCUUUUCUGGAAGGUCAGUGAUGGGAAGUGUGACUGUGUCAGGAUGGUCUUCACCUGAAUCAAUAAGUGAAGAUUUAGCAGAACCUGGAACAAGACGUUAUGAUAUGGCAACUGGCUUAGGAGAUAUACAAAGAAAAUAUGUCCCAGUAAAGGAGGAUCUUACUGAAUUGGAUCUAGACAAAGUGAUUAAUUUAACCCUGGAAGAGACAGAUACAAUAUGGUUGUUGGAUAUUCCUGGCACUAGUGUGAGUGAGGAAAGUGACAUUGCUCAAUCUGUAAAAGAUGCGAAUUCACGUUAUUCUGAGGCAUUAAAAACUAGGCCUGGAAAUGAUAGUUUUGUUGAAAGAGGAAUGCAAACCUUCAACAAUGAACCAAAAAAUAAAGAAUUGCAAACUGUACCUAUCACACAAAACGAGGUAGGCUGUAUGGCCACAACAUGGGACAUGCACGAUGUUUUUGCAGUUUCUUCUAGCGAAAUCAAAGAAGAUGAAAGAAGCGGUGCGGACCAUAUCAGUCUUAGUCGACCAACAAGUGCUGAGAGAAAUGGCACAGCUGACGUUGAUAGUGGAAGUAGUGCAUCUCCUGCUAUACGCACUGGUAGUGUGUUGUCAGGAAGUCUAUAUAGUGGAAGUCAAGUAAGUAUAGCAACAAAACUUUCGGAAGAUGAUUUAUCAAGUAAAGAUGGGAAGAAAAAUGAUGAAAAUGGUGGUGAAGGAACACUAACGAACGACCCAAAUCAUCCAUUACUACAGACGGAUGAAUUGCGAAAAGAUUUGUUUACGAUGGAGCGAGUAAUAUCGUUAAACACGUUUCAAGCUCGACAAGCAAGAUAUCGUGGUUUUAAUGUUGUUCCAGAUGUUGAUGUAAAAGUCGAAAAAGACCCAGAAAAACUCCCCUCACCAGUCGUCAGUGUAACAGAACUCGGUCCUAAUUUGGACAAACUGUGGACGUACUCAUGUUCGAUCACUAAAGGACGUAAUGUCAGCUGUAUGGCUUGGAAUCCUCAAAAUCCGGACAUUCUUGCGGUCGGUUAUGGGGAAUUUGAGUUUUCCAAUCAAAAAGGCGGUGUUGCUUGUUGCUGGUCAUUAAAAAAUCCAGAGUAUCCAGAAAGAGUAUUCGAUGUGGAGAGUGGCGUGAUGACACUUGGAUUUUCACAAUUACAACCAAACUUACUCGCGUUCGGUCUUUACGAUGGGACGAUUGUUAUUUACAAUGUGCGAAGUCAAGCUGACUCCCCAGUUCUGGACAGUCUUGAAAGUGAAGGUAAGCAUAUCGCUCCAGUGUGGCAUGUCAAGUGGGUCGUUCGAGAUCAGAGUAAUGGAGACGAUAAGGAUGAGAUACUUGUUUCUGUGGCCGCUGAUGGUAGAGUUACCAAUUGGUCUAUAAGAAAAGGUUUUGAAUGCGCUGACCUAAUGAAACUGAAGCGCAUUAACAUCCAGAAACAACGAGGACGGAAAUCUGCAAGUCAUAACAAGAAAUCAGAUGCACUUAUUUCAAGAUUCGCCGCUGGAUUUUCCUUUGAUUUUCAUCCAAAUGAUAGCAACAUAUACAUUAUUGGUACUGAAGAAGGUCACAUUCAUAAAUGUUCGUGUUCGUACAAUGAACAAUAUUUAGAGUCAUAUGUUGGUCAUACGGGUCCAAUAUAUGAAUUGAGAUGGUCUCCGUUUCUAGCAGACGUAUUUCUGAGUUGUAGUGCAGAUUGGAGUGUUAAAUUAUGGCAUCAAGAUAGCCCUUCUCCUAUUUAUACUUUUUCUUCUUCUACGAAUUCUGUGAACAGUAUUUGCUGGUCUCCUAUUUCAUCCACGAUUUUUGGUUGUGUUCAUGAAGGCGGUAUUGAAGUCUGGGAUUUACGACAAAGCACCCUGGAUCCUUUAAUUGUAAAUGCACCUCUACAAGAAGUUAAAUUGUCGUCAGUUUCAUUCGCCCUAAACUCAAAUAGCGUACUUGUUGGUGACUCGGAUGGUCAAAUUAAUGUCUUUUUACUGGCGGGUCUUCGAAGCGCAUCAGAGGAAAACAAUCUUGCUGCAAUAAUACAACCCAAUGUUGCCAAGCAGAUCAGACCUCGUCGAUAAAGAUUUCAUCACCCUCUUGGUCCAUGCAAGAUGUACAUACGAUUCGCAAUCCACUUUUUACACGUUAAAUAUGCAUUAUAACUAUUGUACAAAGUUUAUAGAAAUUAAAUUAAAUUAUUAACUCUGUAA